UCCGCUCAUGAGGCAAUAUCCGGUACUCGGCGUUGCGCUCGGCCAUUUUCGAUGCGGUCGUCUUGGUGAGAGGUCACGUUUCUCGUCACGCUGCUGAAGACGAUCCCUCGUCAUGGUUAACGGAAGAAUCCCGUCGGUCUUCUCCAAGACCUACGUCACGCCCAGGAGGCCGUACGAGAAAGCUCGUCUCGACCAGGAAUUGCGCAUCAUCGGAGAGUAUGGUCUCCGUAACAAACGCGAGGUGUGGAGAGUAAAGUACACCCUGGCCAAGAUCCGUAAAGCCGCUCGUGAAUUGCUCACAUUGGAGGAAAAGGAUCCGAAGCGUCUCUUUGAAGGAAAUGCCCUGCUGCGCCGCUUGGUAAGGAUUGGCGUGUUGAACGAGGCCCAUAUGAAGCUCGAUUAUGUAUUGGGUCUAAAGAUUGAGGACUUCUUGGAGCGACGUCUACAGACCCAAGUAUUCAAGCUGGGUCUGGCCAAGUCCAUCCAUCAUGCCCGCGUGCUCAUUCGCCAACGUCAUAUUCGAGUGCGCAAACAAGUGGUGAACAUCCCGUCAUUUAUCGUGCGACUGGACUCGCAGAAACACAUCGAUUUCUCGCUCAAGUCGCCCUUCGGCGGUGGCAGACCUGGCCGCGUCAAGAGGAAGAACCUGAGGAAAGGAAGUGGUGGUGCUGCACCAGAAGAGGAAGAAGAUUAAGAAACUCUUUACUAUCAUUUAUUAUAUCAAUAAAUGCAUAGAAUGUGAUAAUCGACUGUC